AUGCAAUAUCAUAUUUUCAGAUAUUUGGAUCAGUUUAGAGAUCCUCUGGAAAUGGAAGGCGAAGUUCUUAAAAAACGUUUACGAAUGAGUUCUGUCGAAAGUGAACCGAAACAACCAAUAUAUCCCGAUAUUAACUAUGUAGAAAAUAAAAAAGUACUUCCAGCUUGGAUCCAUUCAAAACUUAUAAAGGAAAAUAGUGGCUCCGGUCGUUUUUUCGCUUUAUGGAAUAAUCCCAUUGAUUGA